GGUAUUGCCGUUGGUUUGGAGAGAGAAAGAGUAUCAUCGGGGUCCCUCUAUAUGUGCGUGUAAAGUCCCAACCUAAGCAUUUGUCAUCACUCAAAGAGUGGACAAGUCCGGUCAAAUUUGUUGCACCUUGGCCUGCACCUUCCUUCAUCCUCCACCCUCUCUAACUCUUCACCCUCUUAAUUAAACCCUUCUCCCUCGUUCCCCUUGUCACCACAACACAACAACACAUCAUCACAUACUCUUUCCUUUCUGCAACAAAAUCAUAGGAUCCGCCAUGGCUUUUUCCUCAAAAGAAGAGAAAUCCAAGAGAAUAAUGAGGGGCUUGAAGACCGUCUUCUUCUUGAUCACUAUGGUUAUAUCGCUUCUUCUUUUCUCUGCCCCGGUUCUUCUCGUUGUCGCCGAUGCGCUUCUUCCUUCGGCUCUUCUCUCCACGAUUUCCUCCUCUUCUCUCUCCUUGGAAAAUCUCGCUUCCCAUUUCCACGACUACGAUUUCCGAUACUCCCUCGUUGAUAUACCCCUCAUCUCCAUAAUACGAUCCUUCAUCAUCUUCUGUGUUUAUAGCUUGUGUGACGGACCCAGGCUUUCGCACGGACCUUAUUUGGGGAUUACGACCAUGUGUUCUGUAUUGUCUCUGAUGUUUGUGUCGUUGAAGGCUGUUUACAUCUUCAGUGUUUCGGGGAUUGAUCGAAGUGGGUAUGUUGGAGGGACCGAAAUAGCUCUGUUCGUAUGCUCUUGUGCGUUGGCCGUGGGGCAUGUUGUCGUGGCCUACAGAACAAGUUGCAGGGAAAGAAGAAAGCUUUUGGUCUACAAAAUUGACAUUGAAGCUAUUUCAGCUUGCAAAAAUGGGUAUCCCAGGUAUCCCAAGAUUCCUCAGGAAGAACGAAUCAAAUGAACUCACUGUGUCGCUCCAACAUUAUAGUACAUAUAUCAUCUAUGGAUUGUCAACUAACAACUUCAGCUAUUCACAUCAUAUAUGUUUUGCGUGCGUCAAGGGUUGCUACGGUUUAUCCAAAGGAUACCGGCAACCUUGAGACCUAACUUUCUAACCUCGGAUACUGUCAGUUUACCGCUACCAGGAUACAUAAAUUUGUUGAAUGGUGUUUAGGUAAUAAUUAUAAUGAAUAUAUGCAAUAGAGCUUCAUAUUUGGCGAUUUAUAUGUAUAUGUAUUUUGUUUUGGUAUUUAUGUUCUUCCUUUGCAAUUAUUUCGUAUAUAUUUCUCUGUACAUAUAUAAACAACUGAAUGCAUCGUCAGUGCUGGAUUCUGAUUA